GCGCAAAAAUAAAUGCAUUAAAUAUUUUGUACUCCAAUAAAAAAUGGAAUUUCGUUUAAAGAAACGAGCCCGUACUGAAAUCAAAAUCGAGGUGGUCAGCCUGGAGAGCAAGUACCCCCACAAUGUCAUGAUGUACUACUAUCCACCGACAGACGACAUUCACAUUGAGGAAUUCGAGGAGCUUGCCCUGGAACGGCUUCGUCUGCUGCGCGUCCUGGACCGCGCCGGAACGAAAGGACUGCGACUGCUCUCUGAGGAAUGGAAGGAAUAUGUGAAUGCAGAGCUAACACGCGAGGGUCUGCGCAGCUAUCUGAGACUGUGCUCACCCGGCGGAGCCAGUGGGCAGGGCAGCAAGCACGAGUCGGAAAUACAGACGCGUCGGCGCGACUACUUGUCGCACUUCAUACUCCGAUUGGCCUACUGUCGGUCCGAGGACUUGACACGCUGGUUUGUUGCUCGCGAGAUGGAACUUUUUAGAUACAAGUUUGCAGCUCUGAGCAGUGCCGAGGUGAAGCUGUUCCUCGAGGAGAAUGAUUUCAAAUUCCAGCCUCUGACGGAGUCAGAAAAGGAUGAGGUCAAGGAUGGUCUUUACGAGAGCACAGCGGGCCAAAGUGUUUCCAAGAUAGAACUUCUCGACUUCUACAAGGUGCCAUUCACGCAGGUGUUGGACUUGGUGCGCGGUCGCCGUUGCUACCUGAAGGAGGGCUUCGCCUAUGUGAACACCCACGAUCUGGUCUCAAUUGUCGGCACAAAGCAACAGGAAAUAAUCGAAAUGGGCCUGCUGGCAUCCAAGGGCCUCAUCGACGAGGUCGAGGGAGAUGAGCGCAUUUCGCGCAUGCUCAAGGCUCUGCACAACUCGUACACCGGCAAGGAUUACACUGUGUGCCGCGAUGCAGCGGUUGCGAUCGAGUCACUCAACCAGCUGUCCAAAACAUCGAUGCCGCUGUGCAUGCGCAUGUGCCACGAGCACAUUCGGGCCCAGCAUCACGUUAAGCACGGUGGCCGCAUGCAGUAUGGUCUCUUCCUCAAGGGCAUUGGUGUAACGCUUGAAGAUUCCAUUCGCUUCUGGCGCGAGGAGUUCACAAAGAAGAUGGACGCUGAUAAGUUCACACGCAGCUACGAGUACAACAUCCACCACAACUAUGGCAAAAAGGGAUCCAUGGUCAACUACACGCCCUACUCCUGCUCCAAAAUCAUCAAGGAAAUGGCUGCACCAGGCGACUGCCACGGCUGUCCCUACAAAUCCGUGGAUCCUGCUACACUCAAAACAAAACUGGCCUCCUACGGUCUGUCGACCAGCCACAUCGAAGAGGUGAUGUUCUUUGUGUCCCGCGGGCACUAUCAGAUCGCCUGUGGCAAGUACUUUAUGCUCACGCACAACUCGAACGUGGAACCGACCAUCAAUCAUCCCAACACCUACUUCGAGGAGAGCCAGAUACUGAUGGGCAACCGUCAGAAGCGCACUGCUGGCUCCAUGCCACAGAAGACCAAACCCAGGCCAGACAUUAAGGGACAUGCGGAUAGGUCAAUGUUCAACGGCGACGACGAUGACGAGCUGUGGAAGAUCGCGGAGACACAGGAGCGGGCAUAUCAGAGCCAAAAGGACAUUUCGGAGGCCUUUAAUGAUGAUCUAGAUCUUACGGAAAUUACAUUCUAAUCAGCUAAGACAAUACAAUUACAUAUCUAUAGACUUA